GUCAUUCUUUUUUAUUUUACUCUGAAUAAAUAUUCGCAAAAUGGCCAAAUAAUCAAAAAAGAAGAAGAAACUGGAUUAUUCGAGAUGUUAUCAAAUAUAUCAAAGAACCUCCGAACUUGCACCGGCUACCUACACAAAUACUGCUCCACUUCGGUCGCCGCAAUCGAAAAUAAGUCGAAUGCCAUCGAGCCCAGAACGCUGGCGUUUCCACCCAAAUACCAGGACCCCCGUCAGAUAUGGCUGGAAAGUUUAGACACGAUAGAUCAGCGGAAAUUGGCGCUGCUGGAGCUUCAUCCCGCCGUGUUUGCAGCCAGUCCCAGAAUAGACGUGAUCCAACAGAACGUACGAUGGCAGCAAUUGUAUCGAUACGUGAGUUACGCUCACACGAAGAACAAAUUCGAAGUCAGAGGCGGCGGAAGGAAACCUUGGCCUCAGAAAGGUUUGGGUAAGGCUCGACACGGGUCGAUCAGGAGUCCUUUGUGGCGAGGCGGUGGCGUGAUACACGGCCCGAGGUCGCCCACUCCCCAUUUCUACAUGCUGCCGUUUCCUAAACGACUCAUCGGGUUGACUAGCAUGCUAUCGGUGAAAUUCGCCCAGGACGAUUUACACAUCGUAGACAGUUUGGAGCUUCCCACAGACGAACCGGGUUAUAUAGAGGAAUUGGUCAAAUCGCGGCUUUGGGGCCCUUCAGUUCUCUUCAUCAAUCUGGAAGAUAUCAUGCCUAGGAACAUAACAGUAGCUACUGAGCAAGUGAAGCAUAUUAAUUUGAUGCCUGCGUACGGUUUGAAUGUGUACUCGAUGUUAAAGCACAAUACUUUAGUUUUAACGAGAGCUGCGCUGGAUCACAUAGAAAACAAAUUACUGGAAAAUUUACACAUGAACGACCCUAAAGCUGUACUUGCUAAGUUUAAAGUUGAUCAGUGUUAGUCGUUGUUA